CGCCGCCAUUAGGAGCUGGAAGCCUGCGGAGCGCCACGCGAGUCCGGAGUGGAUCCUGGCCUGCUGUGGAGCCGACCUGUGCCUACCACUUUGGGCUUCGUUCUGGUACAUCACGAGCAGGUUAUUGCACCACAUCACGUGCCUCCUGAGUGCAAAUGGGACGAUUCGGUGGGCCAGGCCCUUUUUGUUUCCAUUCAUCCUUUAAACUCUUAUGAUGGAGGGGACCUUGUGGUGUCACAGGACGUGUCCAGCUGAAGCUUGUGGAACCGAACUGGACCCUUUCCUGGGAUCACAGAUCUUUUUGGAGUUCGAAGUAGCCUUCGAGAGUAUUGGGAGAGUCUGCUGGCUGGGAAGGGCUUUGCCUUCAUGGCUCUCUCUGGCUUAUUAUAACUACAAAGACCUCCCCAAAGACCUGGGCUGUAUACACCUGGAGUAUUUUGAGGAAGGAAGAAAGGUGUGUUUCUGGUUCAAGGGUCCAGGAAUUGGCCUGCUGGGGACUUCUAAAGAGGCUGAACUCUCCCUUUCCGUGGCUUCUUUCCUGAAAGGCACCACGGUCUCUGUCAUAAUCAAUGGCGCCAUGGCCACUGUUGCCAGAACCUUAAAAUACAAGGCUGAGAGCCUGCCCCCUGUGGGCCCUGACAUGAAUCGAAUCAAAGUAACCAAAGAUGGCUUUUCAGAUGUGGCGGAUUUUCUGAAUGUCCCUCUGGAAGGAGCUAACCAGAACUGCAGCAUCCCCGUGGAAAGGUCUGACACGACCUUCCUGUUCCUCGUAGGUCAAGAUGACGGUAACUGGAAGAGCGAGUUCUAUGCCAAUGAGAUCUCCAAACGCCUGCAGGCGCACGGGAAGGAGAAGCCCCAGAUCAUCUGCUACCCAGAGUCAGGCCACCAUAUUGAGCCUCCUUACUUCCCGCUGUGUAAGGCUUCCGUGCACAGCCUGGUGGGUGGUCCUGUCAUCUGGGGAGGGGAGCCCAGGGCUCAUGCCAUGGCCCAAGUGGACGCCUGGCAGCAGCUCCAGACUUUUUUCCAUAAACAGUUGAGUGGGGACAAGAGGCCAAGCCCAGCAAAACUGAUUUUCUUUGAGUAGUGACAUUGCUGGUGCUGAUCCCUCCUGAGAAUAGCUGCCCCACCCCCCCUCAUAGGCUCUGUAUGCAUUUUUUUUUAUUCUUUUAAUAAAGUUAAACCUUCCCCCACAAAGUUUUUAAUGGACUGUGUUUGAGGAAGAUUGGGUCUUACUCUCUUAUGGUGCCAAGGACUGAGCCCAGGGCUUGUGCAUAGUAGGCUAGCACUCUGCUGCUGAGCUAGCCCACUGUGCCUUAGCAGGCAGC